GUAAAGAAGAAGACGAGAAAACAGCUCUGACUUGUAACAGAAAAGAAACCUCUUUUUACGUUCUCUCCUUUCUUUUUUUGUUUCCUUCGUCUUCGUUUUCGGAAGCUAAUGGAGCAUUUUUAUUCUCAAAGAAGCAGAGAUGAUGUCUUCUUCAGCAACGGUUCGAGUCGAUAAGGCGACUAGUGAUCUUCUGAUUGGUCCGGACUGGACUUUGAACAUGGAAAUAUGUGAUUUGAUCAAUUCUAGUCACUGGCAGGCGAAAGAUGUGGUGAAAGGUCUGAAGAAACGGUUGCAGCAUAAGAGCCCAAAAGUUCAAUUUCUUGCUCUGACUCUCUUGGAAACCAUGAUAAAGAACUGUGGCGAUUAUGUGCACUUUCAAAUUGCUGAACGGAAUAUUCUACAGGAGAUGAUCAAAAUUACAAGGAAGAAGACAGAUAUGCACGUGAGAGAUAAGGUCUUGGUACUUCUAGACUCUUGGCAGGAAGCCUUUGGUGGGCCAGAGGGGAAAUAUCCUCAAUACUACUGGGCAUACGAAGAAUUAAGGCGUUCUGGAGUACAAUUUCCCGAGCGUUCCCCAAACACCACUCCAAUAUUUACUCCUCCCAUUACACAUCCAACAUUUAGUCAUGCUCAGGCAGGUUAUGGAAUGCCCAGUGAUACUUCCAGAAGGCUUGAUGAAGCAAUGGCAUCUGAAACUGAAAAUUUAAGUUCAUCAAACAUGGAUUCCAUGCAGAGUGUUAUGGACCUCUUGACUGACAUGCUGCAAGCAUUGAACCCAAAUGACCAAGUGGCAGUUAAAGACGAAGUGAUAGCUGAACUUGUCGAUCGGUGUCGCUCCAACCAGAAAAAGCUGAUAGAGAUGCUAAAUUCAACUGGAGAUGAGGAGCUCCUUGGUCAGGGUCUUGCAUUAAAUGACAGCUUACAAGAUCUGCUUGCAAAACAUGAUGCUCUAGCCUGUGGUUCACCCUUGCCUGCUGGAGUAAGACACACCAAACCUACACCAACUGAAGAAAGAGACACCAAUUCCAGACCAAAUGAAGCGAGGGACUCCAGCCCCCAACCAAAUGAAGUGACAGACUACCUCCCCCAACCAAGUGUGAGCUCCUCUACACCGCUAUCUUCAGUAACAAGCUGCCAGGUCGAAGAUGAGGAAGAAGAGGAUGACGACUUUGCUCAGCUAGCUCGCAGGCGUACCAAAAGCAGGCCUAUGCCUUCUGAAGGCACAUCUGCUUGCAAUGGAGAAGAAUGUUCCUUGAACUUGAGCAACGGUACAACCCUGUCAACAGAAGAAUCUGUGAGUCCCAGCCCAAGCAAUUCAUUGGCUCUUCCAGAUCCUCCUGCACCAGUUCGAGUAUCUACAAAAGAACAAGACAUGAUUGACCUUCUGAGCAUUACCUUGUCAACCUCAAAUUCACCCUACCAGCCUCAAACAACUCCACCAGUUUCUAACCAGAACAUGCAUCAAGUUCCUGUUCCCCCUGCACCUGCUAUCCCUUCUAACCAAAAUAUGCAUUCAGUGCCCAUUUCACCCAGUACACCAGGAUACCAAUGUGGUUUCCCGCCCUACCCUGGAAACCAAGGGCACAGCAGUUACAUUGUCCCUUGGGCCCAACCUCAACCUCAACCUCAACCUCAACCUCAACCUCAACCGCAACCGCAUCAACAAUAUCCCCAGUACCCAUCCAACUACCCUCCCCCACCAUGGGCAACAAGCCCUGCCAGCUCAAGCCAGAGUUCUGUAUCUACCGCAGCUCCUUACAUGACUAUGACUCAUACCAAUGCAGCCAGUUCAAAUAUGUCCUUGCCCAUGCCUAGAUCUUUGCAGUACAAUUAUUCACUUCCUACAGGAAGCAAUGAUGUUUCAACUAUUCAAAAAGAAGCACAGGCAACCUACACUCCAAAGCUUGCACCCCCUCCAUCUGAUAACAAGCGCUUUGUACCAUCAUACAGAUUGUUUGAAGAGCUUAAUGUUCUUGGGAGUGCAGACAAAGGGCUGAAGAGGACAGACAUGUCUCCUAGCUUGUCUAGUACAUCUGGCCAAGGAAUGGUUGGUGGAAGGAAGUGAAGCUAUUCAUUGUAUGAUAUUAUAACCCUAUGAAAAAUCUUAUAUGAACUUGACAUGAUUUAUUUGAAACUGGUAUACAUUUAGUCUUUUGCUUGAAA